AUGUCCCUCAAGGACAUCGGAAAGUACGAUGUAUCUGAAGAGGCGCAAGCUCUCAAAGAUAAAUUAGCAAGUCAAGACACUGAGAAUGCAGGCCUACGAAGCCGCCUAAUGAAGAGAGAGGCCGAGCUAGAGGAGUUAAAGACAUCGUUCAACGAAACAUUGUACAAGCUCAGUACCGAGGCCGAUCGUGCUCUCAGGCUUGAAAGCGAUCUGGCGCGGCGCUCAGACGAACUCAAGAUCGAGAAAAUGGCUUCUAGGAAUGGAGAAGCUGCACUUCUUGCUGCUCAGGAUAGACUGAAAGCUGAAGAACGAGCAGCACGAGAGCUCGAGGCAACGCUUGACACCAUGUCUUGCCAGUCCGAGUCAGUCAGGGCUCAGACUUUUAAACUGGAGACAGAGAAGCGAAAUAUGGAGUCUCGCGUGCGUGAGCUAGAGAGGAUGUUGGAAAGUACAAAACCCCAGCCAACAGCUAACUCACGAUUGCCGCAGCGAGGUGGGAGGCCUCGGUCUUCCUCUGUGUCCAGUUUCAGAUCACCAGCAUUGGAACAAGAACUCAAUGAUAUGAAAAUUCUCCUGGCGGAUAAAGAGAAGACCUUGCGCGACAUGGAAAUGAAACUCACUCGAGCUCAGGAAGAUCUUGUCAAGACACAGAAUACGCAAUUUUCAGUGGAGAAGGCUACGCAGGCCCGUAUCGCGGAGCUCGUAUCAGUAAUAGAGGACAAGGAUGAGGAGCUGGAGGUGCUGAAAUCAAGUCAGGGCGCGGGGAACGCAAUGGAGAGGGAGGAAGAGUUGGUGAAGAGGAUCGACGAAGAUGAAGUGAAGAUAAAGACAUUGGAAAGUCUCCUACGCGAGCAGCAGAGUGGACCCACACAGGCAGCGUAUGAUAAGCUGCAAAGAAGGCUACGUGCUGAAUCGGAGAAGCUUACCAGCUCAGAGAAGAUAUUGCGAGACCUGAUGGAGGAGAAAAAGGAAGCACAAGACGCAUGUACCAAUAUACGCCAGGAGCUGGACAGAACGGAUCAGCUUCUCCAUGACAGCAAGGAGCGUAUUAGAGCUCUGACGGUCAUUGAGAGGUAUGCUAUGCUUGGCCACCAGCCCGAUGGAUUGCUGAUAUUGAACUAG